UCAUCAGCGCUACAAGAAUCAACCUACAACAAGCUUUCAUUGAAUACAAAAUUUAAAUGCUUCGAUGCAUCUGACAAAUGACAAAAUAGCAUGAAUAUGCAUUGGCAGCGAACUUGCCAAAUGACAAAGAAGUGUAGGUCGAAUAUGGUACUCACUCUCCCACAGCCUCUGUAAAAGUACAGCCCCUCUACGUUGCCUGCGAACCACCUCCCACCGACGACCACCCUCGCAUGCUGCAGUCGCGACCCAGUCUCCAACCCAAAAGCUUCGAGAUGCCAUUUGACUUUAUCUACUUGAUGUUUGUCGCUGCGGGAGCAUGUCGGAUUUUGACAAUUGCUGUCGAGACAAAUGAUUGGUUUGACGAAAUGAAUUCGGAUUUGAGCUACUUGAACCGAAUCGCGUCCAACAUCACCUGGAGGGGUCUUUUGGGCCUGGAAACCGACGGAGUGAUUAGUGCUGAAGAGGUGCGUACGAGGUGGAGGAAUGCGAAAUGCGAAGAAGUCGCCCAGCUGAACAAUCUGAGCCGGACACAAUCCAGGAUGGCCUACCUACUCUGCCGAGGGCCCAAAUAUACUGUACACCAGUCCAAGCUCUUACUUAACCACUUGGAUGGUCUCAGCAACAUCUACAGGGAUUCGAGAAUUUGUCGUAAUCGAGACCUUUGCUACGCGAUCGAGCCCGACUUGGACGUGAUGAUGAGAGAGAGCCGUGACCCGGCUGAACUACUCUGGGCCUGGACCGCCUGGAGGGCCGCCGUUGGUCCGCCGAGCCUCCAGAUCUACCCGACCCUCAUACACAUUCAAAACCAAGCGGCGCAGAACAAUGGGUACAAUGAUAUCGGAGAAUGCUGGAGAGAAGAACUCGAGACGCCGAAUUUGGAAGAAGUGGUCGAAAGGCUUUACCAAGAGGUGGCUCCGUUUCACAAAUUGCUGCAUGGAUUCGUUCGCCACAGGCUGAUACAGUUUUAUGGCCAGACCAACGUCCCGGCCGAGGAACCUAUUCCGGCUCACCUCCUCGGCAAUAUGUGGGCCCAAAGCUGGGAGAGUCUGAUGGACAUCUUGUUGCCGGCCUGGACCUUCGACAUGGACGAAAAACUUCGAGAGACAGUCCGUAAGCCUGAGGACAUGCUCAAGAGGUCAGAAGAGUUUUACGAAUCCAUAGGUCUCCCACCGAUGACGGCCAAGUUCUGGAAAUACUCGCAGAUCAGCCCCCAGACAUCCAACGAGUCGUCCUGCCAUGGAACUGCUGCUGACCUCUUCGACGAAAACGACUACCGGAUGCUUCUAUGUGCACAGAUAAGAUGGGAAGACUUUUAUGUUGUACAUCAUGAAAUGGGUCAUAUUGAGUAUUUCAUGUCGUACAAAGAUCUCCCCACUAUAUUCAGGGAUGGAGCAAAUUCAGCUAUGCAAGAGGCAAUAGGUGACACAGUAAUGCUUGCUGUCGAAUCACCUACAAACUUAGUCCGCAUGGGAAUUAUUCCAAAUUUAACUGAAGAAAUCAAACUUUCACUAAUGCUUAAGCAAGCACUGAAGAACAUCCCUAAGAUAGCGUUUGGUCUCGUGGUUGACAAGUGGAGGUGGAAUGUCAUGAUGAACAAGAUCCCGUCUCACAAAUACAAUCAGAUGUGGUGGCACUACCGCUGGCAAUAUGAAGGAAUUCAGGCACCGAUCCCGAGGGGCAAAUACAAUUUUGAUCCGGCUGCUAAGUACCACAUUGCCGACAACACUCCUUUCAUAAGAUAUUUCCUUAGUGAAUUUCUUCAGUUCCAGAUAUUUGAUGUUUUGUGCGAAGGUCAGAACCGCCGUCUAUACCUGUGUGACAUAUACGGCAAUAAACAAGCUGGAAAAAAACUAAGGAAAUUAAUGGGACAAGGAUCAAAACAACCCUGGGACGUAACAUUCGAGGAUUUUUCUAAAGGAAAGUUCAAGACCUACUCAGCUGCACCUCUUCUUGACUAUUUCGACCCUUUGAUCAAGUGGCUGCAAAAAGAAGUCAUGAAGCAUAAAAUUCCUUUAGGCUGGUGAAUGUGAAAAACACUUUCCUGAUCCUAGCUAAAUUAAAUGCAUUACAUAUCUGCAGCAUUUGUUUUUCUGUUCAUUUACAUCACUUGCAUGUUGUUAAUGAGUUUAGUUUUUAGCUGGGAUUGAAUGUUUUAUUUGUUUGUUAAAUCAGGAAAAUGUUUUGUUUUCAAUAAAGACAUAAAUUAAU